UGAGGGGUGGGGCCAUGCUGGGGGCGGAGGGGCUGGACCCUGGGUGAGGCCCUCGUUUAUGCCCUGCCGCAGCCACGCCGGCACCAUGCAGGCUGGCCCUUGGGACUCCUCGGACGAAGAGGCCGCCGAGGAGGAGCGGGCGCCGCUGGCGGUGUCCUGGUUGUCUUUGUCUCCUGUCUACUCUUCUAAGCUCCUGGGAGUGUGUUCCCUUCCAGGUUGCAAGUUUAAGGAUGUUAGAAGGAAUCUUCAGAAAGAUAUCGAUGAACUAAAGAACUAUGGGACACAGGAUAUAUUUGUGCUUUGUACCAGAGGAGAACUCCUAAAAUACCGAGUACCAAACCUUAUAGACGCCUACCAACAGCAUGGGAUCUGUGUGCACCACUAUCCUAUUCUGGAUGGGGACGCUCCUGACGUUGCCGAGUGCUGCAAAAUUCUGGAAGAGCUCAGAAGCUGCCUGGAAAGCAACCAGAAGACAAUCAUACACUGUUAUGGUGGCCUUGGACGCUCAUGUCUCAUAGCUGCAUGCCUCCUGCUUCAGCUUUCGGACGCACUGGCACCUCAGCAAGCCAUAGACAGCCUCAGAAACUUAAGAGGAUCUGGGGCAAUACAGACAGUUAAGGUAACGAGGCCACAGCAGCAAUACAAUUAUAUCCAUGACUUUCGAGAGAACGUAGCUGCACAUUUGGCAAGAAAGGACACAGUCUUCAGAUCAGUGUCGCGGUAAACUAAUACUGGCAUGGUGCACCUCUGUGUCUGCGUGGCUGUGGCAGACACCUGCACGAGGCACCUCACUCCUGACCUUUAACUGCUCAUCGCCGCUGCCCGAGUGACACAGCUGCUCACCUUCAGAUGUGUGCCCAACGGGCUUGGGGCGGAAAUCCCACGGGACGUGCAGCCUCUUCAUCUGUUCGGCACUCUUCAAUAAUCAUUGCCUUAAAAAUGC